CUUUAAAAUUUGUAAUCUUACGGACUCCAUGUAUUGUAAAACGGGAAAACCAACUAAGCUAACGAAAACGAGUAAAAUUCAGGCAAUUUCUGACCUAAUGACCUCUUUCACUUGCAUGAUCUGAUGCUGUAUUUUGUAAUUUUUCAUUGUGGGAGUUCUUUGAAAUGUUGAAGGUAGAGAAAGUUCUUCAGUUGAAAAGCAAGCAAGGAAAACCAUUACGAGUUGUGCGUGAACAUUACCUGAGAGAUGACGUGCCAUGUAAUAGUAAACUAUGUCUUAGGGAGUGUCCAAUGUCUGAAAGAUGUCUAACCAGAGAAGUAAAUCAUUAUAUCAUACCGGAUGGAGGAACUGCAAGAGAUUACCUUGAUAUCCUGGAGCUAGAUGAGUUCAAAGGUCUCAUAGUCCCGCAAACUGUCCUUCAUUUUAUGAAGCAUAAUGGAAGCAGACGUCUCCUGAACAGACUCAAAGACAAAGUCAAAGACAAGAAACAAGGCUGCGCUUUCUUUGCUGAUGAAUUCUGUCGAGAAGUAUUCUCACCCAGACAACUUGGGGAGAGUGAAGAAGAGUGGCAAACUAGAUUGGUGUAUGCAUCAGCGAUGUGGUACUAUAAACAUUUACAAGAACAGAUUCCAAUUGUAGUAUUGACCGAUAAUCAAGAGGUGAUAGAAAGGUAUGGAAGUCAGACCAUGAAUGUACAUGUGAGUAAUAUGGGGGACUAUCUCUCCUUGUUCUGGCCAGAUCUUACUCAAGCAUAUGAUAUUCUGGAAUCAGUGAAGGCAUCUCUAGCAACAGCUGUAGAAGAAGAUGGGAGUAAGGAGUAUAGAGAUCAUCUCUUAAGUGAUGAUUUGAGUACUGGAAUCAAAUCAGGAAGAUAUAUUGAAGGAAUGCUACGGGUCAACAAACAUCAUGCUCAGGACGAGGCUUAUUUACAAAGAAAAGAGUCAGGUCAGAGUUCUAAAGAUACCAAAUUAGAAUCUGAUAUCUUGAUAUCUGGGAGGAAAAAUAGAAAUCGAGCUGUUCAUGGAGACAUUGUGGUAGUUGAAUUGCUCCCAAAGGCUCAAUGGACUGGAAAGAGACUUGCUUUAAAAUCUGGAGAUGAUAAAAAAGAGGAAUCAAUCAGUGAAGUGGUCCCAUGUGGAAGAGUGGUUGGCAUCUCAGAGAGGAACUGGAGGGAUUAUGUUGCUACUUUCCCAGAAAGAGAUGAGAUCACAGCUAAUCGAGGGAGUAAGAUUCUUGUGAUUCCUUGGGAUUACAGAAUUCCUAAGAUAAGGAUUAGUACAAGACAAGCAGAUGCAUUAAAUGAUCAAAGGAUUGUUGUUCGACUUGACAACUGGCCAGCAGACUCCCAGUAUCCUAAUGGUCACUAUGUCCGGUCACUUGGUACCAUCGGUGAACUAGAGACGGAGGUAGCAGCUACUUUGAUUGAGAACAGCUUAUCAGUGGGUGCAUUUUCUGAAGGACAGAUCAAAGAAAUGCCUGUUAACACCCCUGAAAACCCUUGGCUAAUGACCGAUGAGGAGAUGGGUAAUCGACGAGACCUCCGCCACUCACAUCUUAUAUUCAGUAUUGACCCCAAAGGAUGUGAAGAUGUUGAUGAUACUCUAUCUGUGAGGGAGCUUAGUAAUGGAAACAUAGAGCUUGGGGUCCACAUAGCUGAUGUAUCUUACUUUGUGAAAGAAGGAAGUCUCACUGAUCUAGAAGCAAGAUUAAGAUCAACCACAGUUUAUUUGGCCGACAGACGCUAUGACAUGCUUCCCACAAUCCUUAGUGCCGAUCUCUGCUCUCUGAUUGGUGGAGUGGAUCGCUAUGCAGUCAGUGUGCUGUGGGAAUUGAAAUCUUUCACAUAUGAAGUGAUUAAGAACAAGGUUUGGUAUGGGAGGACUAUCAUCCGCUCAGCCUACAAGAUGUUCUAUGAGGCAGCUCAAAUGUUGCAUGAUGGGAAGGAUCUAUCGGCAGAUGACAUACCCGAGCUGAGAGAUGUAGAUGACGUAACCAGGGAACUAGAGCUUGAAAGAUUAAAGUGGGCUGUAGAUCAGCUAAUGAUGAUUGCUCGUAAGCUGAAGGCACAGAGAGAGGUUGGGGGCGCUGUUCAGCUUGAAGGUACAGAGGUCAAAGUUGAACUCAACGAAGAACAAGAGAUUGAAAAUCUUGUUCCAAAGCAGACUCUUGAGAUCCAUGAGACCAUAGCUGAAUGUAUGAUCUACACCAAUCAUUGGGUUGCUAAGAAGAUAGCUCAAUCGUAUCCACAUGCUGCUCUGCUAAGACACCAUCCACUUCCAAGGCAGGAACAGUUCCAGGAGCUAAUAACCAGUGCCAGGUCUAAGGGGUUUACUGUAGAUACCAGUUCAAACAAGCUACUUGCCGAGUCCCUUGAUAGAUGUAUAGACAGGAAAGAUCCAGUCUUCAACAAAGUUCUUCGUUCCCUAGCAACCAAGGCAAUGUCUAAUGCCCUCUACUUCUCAACUGGUAGCCUGUCUGUUGAUCAGUUCUUUCACUAUGGUUUGGCAAUGGACAGAUAUACACAUUUUACAUCUCCCAUACGAAGAUACGCUGAUAUCAUAGUUCACCGUCUGUUACUUGCUGCUGUGGGAGAGGUACCAGAAUCAGAAAUUGGGUUGCAAAGUAAUCAGAAUCUGCAGGAACUCUGUCAACACCUGAACAGGAAACAUAGAGCUGCUCAGAAUGCCCAAAAGGACUCCCAAGAACUGUUUCAAGCCCUAUUCUUCAAGGAUCGAGAACCAUCAGAUGAAGCGUGCAUCGUUGAUGCUAUUAUUCAGAACCUCAGGGCAAAUGGUGUCUUGGUUUUUAUUCCAAGAUAUGGUAUUAAAGGAGCGGUCUAUCUUCGAGAUAAAGCUGGUUUAGUUUGUGAUACAUCAAUCCCUCAUCAACCUCAAUGGGUACAAGGUUCUCUAUCAAGAUCAGAGUUUGCUAUCACUGUGCAGGCAGGGGAACAUGUAUCUACAUACCGACUCUUUGAUCAUAUUACAGUUGGUAUUAGCGUUCAAAGCUCUAGAGCACACCCUAACUCACUCCGGUUGCAGCUGCUAGCUUCUGAGCCCCACACCUUUGAUCUGCAAGAAGAUGGACUAGGCAGUUCACUUAGGACGAACAUUGUACAGGAGGUCAAGUCAUUGAGUGAUGAGAGCCCGUUUUCAUCGAUAAACCUUCGGGAUCAAAUGGUAGUGUUAGGAUCAACCCUUCCCAAGCUGCAUGAGAUGUAUGGACAGACAGAUGGAAAAUUUUACACAAUGUUUCAAGACUUCUCUAAUAUGAACUUAAAAGAGAAAGAUUCAUGACAAAUGUUGAACAACAUAAUAUCUAUAUCUACUCUUGGAGUCAUUAAUGGCCAAUAUAGAAGAUAACGCUGUGGUAAGAAAUAUGUGUUUGUCGUGCAAACUAUAUGAAUAGUGCAAGUAGGAAACUCUCUCCGGCGUGGAGCUGAGCAAGUAGAGGCAUGUGCCUGAAGACCUGUAGGCACAUGAUUAUAACAUGGCUCUGAAACAUUUCCUCAAGUGGUGAGACAUCGUCCCAUUUCAUACAUUUAUAAGAAUAACAACUGAGAUUUAUGUGAAUGGUUGCCGUAUGGUUGCCUGUGUAUACAGCAUUGCUUUGUUUGCCAUGAAAGUUAGUACAGUUUGCCUAUCUCAAAUGGUGAUCAAUUGAAUUAGUAAUUUUGCAGUUAACAGUUAAAUGAAGAAUACCAGUUUUCAUGGAAAAUUUGACACCAAUCAGAUGCUGAACAUGUACAGCCAAUAUCAAUCAUCUAAAGACCUAUGACCUGCAGGUGAUAUUUAAUACCACUUGGAACUCACCCAUUUUCUAAUGGUAAAGACAUCUCAUUUUCCCUGACCUGACAGCUGCAUGGAGCUAAGCAGGAUUUGGCUCAAGAAUUUCUUGCUUGUACAUCGAGUUUGCUCUCCCCCAAAGAAGUCUCUAUUAUAGGUAUUUCAAUGCUUUUCACAAAGUGUGGGGUCAGUAAAUAGUAAUGUACUCUCCUUGAAAGCUGCCAUUUAAAUGAUAUAUCCAUAUUGAAGUAGAUUCUUCUCAAUCAUCCGGUCGAAUUCAUUGUGAAGAAAACAAAUAAAAAUUGGAAAUAACAACUUGUAUGUUAGCUUCAUAUCGUCUUUGAUAUUGGAUAAAAAUUCCUUCAGACUGGAAUGUCCAUAAGACUAGAAUUGUCCCUAUGCUAUUAAGAUUUUGAAUAAUUAGUGAAGAAAUUCUAAUCACACUAUUUAGAUAUUUUCCUUGUGUAGCACACAUCUUGUGAUAUCAUGGUGCAUGAAUUUGCAGGCUCAAAUCUUGACACUUGAAUAUGUUUAUGAUGUAUGCUACACAAACUAUUUCAUUGAUGUUGCGAUUGACAGAGAACAAAUGCAGUGUACUAUGCAAAUUAAAUGGUUUGUCAGCUCACACAGUUAAAUAUACAGUGCAAUAUUUGUUUAUAUAAUAUGGGUUGUAUGAGAGAAGGCUUCUGAUUGGUCAAUUGCCCUCUUUUUGCAAUUAUGUAAUCCGGUAUAUGGCUAUGAUCGUGGCAUAUACCAGCAAUUUCUGCAGGGUAGCUUGUGUACAAAACUUCAUAGGGUGAUGUCGCAAUCGAUACCUUGAGGAAAACAUUUCUGCUAUAUUUUUUCAUUACAAUAAAUAAAUAUUUGCUAUUUGUGUUAUACAACACCUCGGAAUUCAGCAAAAAUAUGAAGAAAAAAAAAUCAAUUUUUUCCCCGCAUUAAUCUAUGAAAAAGGGGCAAAAAAUAUUGAAAGCAAAAAGCAAAAUCCCACAAGCGUGCAUGAUAUCUAGGGCAGCUGCAGUGCGCAGCUAGCCAGCAGGCCACACGCGUAUACACCUUCAUUUUUUACUGAGCGCAAUGAAUUGAAUUAUAUUUCAACUUAGCCUGCGGCCUCGUUUAAAUAUAAAUGCAUGCAAGAAAUUUGAAUCUAUGGACAACUCCUUAGCAUGCACUUUAUAAAAUGUCACGCUGGCUGUGCUUUUGUGUAUUUUGUAAGGUAAGAAUGAUUCAUGUUAAGCCUUUGUACCAUUAUAUUUCUGAAUCAAAUAAUGAAAUAAUUAUGUUUGCCAACACUUUGCUGAUAAAAAAAAGGUUACCGGCAGAACAUACAGCUUAAAAUGUUUCAUUGGCUACAACCACAUUAUUUCCAAUUGGUUGAAAAGGUAAUACGUGUAUAAUGUCAUUGCCAUGAAGGUGAUUACUGCUCCAACUUUGGAACACUAAAAUGCCUUCUUUGUUAAAAGUAUUACUUUUUAAAAUGAAGAUAUCAAUACUCUCUCUAUCUUUUAUCUUUGUUGUAUCUUGAUUGCUGCCCUACGUUGAAAGAUGCUAAAUCCUCAAAUGGAUGGUUAAUUACAAGUCACACACUAUGUGAAAGUUUGUCCCUACCAUCAUCACAAUCUACUUGCCAAACUGAAAAUUAAAUAUUUACAUAUAUUUGAUGUCCUGAUUAAGGAAAGUUUUGUCAGUAGAUCAAUUUCUUUCAAACUUUCAGCAUUCAGGUUUGCCUUGUCGCCUGCUUUCAUAUAAAUUAAUUUUUACAAAACCUGGAUUUUCCCCCCUAAAGUGGGAGUUUGAAAUAAAGAGUUAAAGGUAUAAUGGGUUCACCAAAUAUAUUAAAGGCCAAUUGCAUCAUCAGCCAUAUCUGCAAUAUUAUUCACCGUCUUUCUUUAUAUCUUGAGGUCAAUGAAAUAACUUAAAAUUGUAUUACAAGGUCAAUGAAUUUGUGCAUGUAUACUCAUUUAGUAUUUUGUUCCCAUUUAUCAUUUGCAUUCAUUGAAUGUUCAAAUAUUUUCUGAUUAGACAUUUUCUGUGUAUAUUUGAUAUUUUUUGUACAUAAUGUAUAAAUUAAUAAUUAAUAAACCAUUCAAGUUAAUAAUGUAAAU